AUGUCGACAAGUGAUCACCAAUCCUGGCUCCAGUCAACGGAACACCCUGAAUACCGCACUGCACGCCCCCAUGCAGAGGUCCUACAGAAACUAUUUUCAAACACGAUUGAUUCAACUACGGCAGUUGAAGAACCGAGCUUGCUCAACUUCAUAAAUGAUGAUACGCCAUGGGCUCUCUGGGGCCUGAUCUAUGAAGCCGCCGCUGGCUUCCCUUCAAGUCAUUCCUCAUUGCUGGCCCUCUUGAUUGAAGCCGAAAGACUCGACUCACAGCUACCUGAGUCAGAAACCAAAGACAUACCACGGAAAUGGUUAGGCUGCUUCGGGAGCAUGUGGUGCGACAAAUGGGAUAUAAUCUCACCCCAUGCAUUAUCUGGAUGGAAAGUGUCCGCAUCCAAGUCAACCACUAGAUGGAUUAAUAUGAAUGCCUUCUCAGCGAGACUACUAGCUACGAAUCAUUUCAGUCUAGGUGCGAAGCCUUGUGCUUUAAGUUCAAGCUUAUUGAAAAAGUGUUUAGAGGCGCAUCCGAUGAAGUACAAGGAGGAAAGACUUCGGACACAGUCCGGGGCUCAUAGAGAGCCACCAUAG